AUGUACUUGUUACCUUUCAGCAGCCAAAUCGAUACCAUGCCAGACGAACGCAUUCUGCUCGUCACUGGAAUUCCAGCGAAGCAGUGCACCGGGGAAUACCUUUAUUCGCUCUUCGGUGCCUAUGGUGGGAUUCAGCAAAUCCGAGUAGGAUCCUCCUCUAUUACGAAAGGGUGUGCGGUUAUUGUAUACGAGCAAUGCGAAGCGGCAAAUAACGCCGUUGGGGCGUUAAACGAAUACGCGCUCAGCAAAGAUCGCGUCUUGCGAGUGUCGGUGUACGAUGAGGAGCGAGAUAGAAAGGCGCUCGAGCGGCGAAAGCGCAAACGAGAAGUACAGGCGGAGUACAAAAAGCACAUUGCAGAGGCUGCCCAUGCUGCGGAGGACACGAAACCGGCAGAGUAG